CGCUCGUCCAGUAGCAUGUGUUCAGCCGAGCGCCUUCUCCCCUCUCCCCCCUCUCUCUCUCUCCUCUUCUCUUCUCCUCUCCUCUCUUCUCUCUCAUCUCCCUCUCUUCUCGCUCCUCUCCGGUACAAGCGGCGGGUCCCGGUGGUAACAUGGUGCGAGGAUCAGGGCGGCACUGAGCCACUUCAUAAGGACACCACGACAAAAAAAGAGACCAAACACAUCCAAGCCUAGCACAUAUCAACACGCCGAGCAGGAAUCCAGGCGUUAUCGGACGCGCUUGGCAGAAAACUUAAAAAGGGACAAGUCAUUGAUCCAGGCGAUUAAAACGGCGGCUUGUGUACCGAACUCUCCAACAUACACAGGUCUGACCCCAGGGUUGUGUCAUUGCUGUGCACACACAGACUCGUCACCAUGGGAAAGCAGAACAGCAAGCUCAGGCCGGAGAUGCUACAGGACCUGAGGGAGAACACUGAGUUUUCGGACCAUGAGCUACAGGAGUGGUACAAGGGCUUCCUUAAAGACUGCCCAAGUGGCCACCUGAACGUGGAGGAGUUCAAGAAGAUAUAUGCCAACUUCUUUCCAUACGGUGAUGCCUCCAAGUUUGCAGAGCACGUUUUCCGCACAUUUGACACCAACAACGACGGCACCAUUGACUUCCGGGAGUUCAUCAUCGCUCUGAGUGUGACCUCACGGGGAAAGCUGGACCAGAAGCUGAAAUGGGCAUUCAGCAUGUACGACCUGGAUGGCAACGGGUACAUCAGUCGUGAGGAGAUGCUCGAGAUUGUGCAGGCCAUCUAUAAGAUGGUGUCCUCUGUGAUGAAGAUGCCUGAAGACGAGUCCACACCAGAGAAGAGGACGGAUAAGAUCUUCAGACAAAUGGACUUGAACAAUGAUGGUAAGCUCUCUUUGGAGGAGUUCAUAAAAGGUGCCAAGAGCGAUCCGUCCAUCGUGCGGCUGCUGCAGUGUGACCCCAGCAGUGCCUCGCAGUUUUGAGUCAUUUAAGAAACAGGCGCUCUGUGCAUGAAGGUUUUCGUCUUUCAUUGUUAUUUGUGUUCCAGACGGAAGAAUUUUAAGAGAAAAAAGUGCAUCAGUUUUACUUUUAGUUUCUUUGAGAAGGGACACACAUACAUCCGAAGAACAAAGACAACACCCGCAAAGACGUCUUUUGUCUGCUGCGCUUCGUCUGUCCGUGUCUCUGAGGCCCAUGGAGCACUCAGCUCACGGUGUUUAGCCACCAUAGUCCAGGCUCCUGGUUUUGGGAAGGACCAUUCCCUGGAUCUUGUGCAUGCACUCCCACUCCUCCCUGCCCUCAGCUCCUCCCCAUGUCUACUAUCCUGUUUUUAUUUUAUUCUCCUUCCUUUCUGUUUUUGUAUAGAUGUGUGUAUAAUAUAUAUAUAUAUAUAUAUAUAUAUAUAUAUAUAUAUAUAUAUAUAUAUAUAUAUAUAUAUAUACACGGUAUAAACAGAUAUAAAACAUAUUAGGAGGCUAGUGUAGAUGCCUUUUUACUCAGACAGUAUUAUGUAGCUCACGUAAGUAUCCAAAUCCAUAAAAAAACUCCAGUAGACGCAGUGGACUGAUGGACUGGAUGUUAGGAUUUGUUUGCUUUUGAUUUUUCAUUUAGUACGAGAAGGCUGCAGAUCCCAUUGUUUUAUUUUGCUUGAUUUUUACUUUGAUUUUGUACAUAUGUAUUGUUUCCUCUGAGGUUAUUUAUUUGUUCAGUCUUUUUUUUUUUUUUUUGCAUGUGGUGUUUUAGCACAUUGUGAAACUUUGAUUUCAUCUCUGUCAAAUCAUCAGUGUUGUGUUGUCUUCAGGUCUGCAGCAGUAAACCACUGGUGAUCUUACUUUGAAGCAAGAAUGUUUUUAACUGCUGAUCUGAGGUGUGCGAGAGGACCUCGUGGCAUCACUGUCAAGGGUUCGCAAAACUCGCAAGAAAUAUUUCAUGACCAGAGUAUUAUAAGAUUCUAUCUGCCAUUCAAUUUUAACCCAGAUGUGAACCUUUAUCGUACUAAGGUCAUGAUUUGCAUCAGGGGAAACGUUCCAUGGUGUUUGGAAUCAGACGCUUGUAGCACAUGCGAUUCGAGGCGCUCUGUGUGUAUGUGUGAAUGUGAGUGUGAUGUGUGCAUGAUUCCUCUGCAUGUGUGUGGGCUAAAUUUAUAGUAUCACUUCGUGUCGUUAAAUACGGUAUAUUUUUUGAGGUAAUACUGUGUUUUUGAGCCUCAGAUUUGAAUUUCAGUAAUAAAUUCAACCCGAAAUCUGCAAA